AUGGCAACUGACUGCGAGGCCUGGCUCAACUCGAACCCCGUUGAGGCCGACAAUGUGAGUGACUCCGAAGACGAAAGCAACGAUGGCGUACCUAUAACCAACAAGAUCAUCAACAACGAGAUCAACGGCAAUUGGGUGUUGUCGUCGAGCAGCAGCAUCCAGGAAGCGCGACUCAAGGCCAAGGCUAAGCGGAGGCUCAGGAAGAACUCAUCUAGGGAUUCUGGCAGGGGGGACUCACUUAGUGAUAAUGGAGAUUUUGUCAGGGGGACAGCGGUGGCUCCCACCAGCCCCAAGAGCAAGCUGCUGGACAGGAGGUCCAGACUGGGCAAAGGCAGAGGUCUGCCAAAGAAAGGUGGGGCUGGAGGCAAGGGUGUUUGGGGAAGAUCCGGUGAGGUGUAUGAACCGGAGCAAGUAGAUGUGAAAGACCCAAACUAUGACGAAGCUCAGGAAAACUGUGUGUAUGAGACUGUGGUCCCUCCACUGGAUGAGAGGGACUUUGAGAAGACAGUCACCCCCAUCGUGCAGGAGUAUUUUGAACACGGAGACACAAAUGAAGUUGCGGAACUGCUUGCAGAUCUAAACCUGGGGCCCAUGAGAAGUGAAGUGCCCUCUCUAGCUGUAUCGUUAGCCCUGGAGGCCAAGGCAAGCCAGAGAGAGCUGACCUCCAGGCUGCUGGCUGAUCUCUGUGGGCCUGUCAUAUUCCGCAGUGAUUUGGAAAAAUCCUUUGAUAAACUCCUCCGAGAGCUUCCGGAUCUGGUGCUGGACACGCCUGGAGCGCCGCAGCUAAUUGGCCAAUUCAUCGCACGCGCCGUUUGUGACCAGAUAUUGUCAAAGAGCUACAUUGAGAGCUACAAAGGACGAGUUGGCUGUGAAUACACAAGGGCGGCUCUAGACCGGGCAGCUGUGCUUUUGAAGAUGAGUAACGGUGGGGUUCGUAUAGACAACCAAUGGGGUACAGGUGGAGGUCAGAGACCAGUCACACAGCUUGUCAAAGAGAUGAAUCUCCUGCUAAAGGAAUACAUCCUUUCCGGAGAUAGUAAAGAGGCAGAGAGGUGCCUAAAAGAAUUGGAGGUUCCACAUUUUCACCAUGAGUUUGUCUAUGAGGCUAUAGUAAUGGUAUUGGAGUCCAAGGGAGAGAAGACAUUCAAAAUGCUUCUGCCACUUCUUAAGUCACUCUCUGUGUCCUCCAUCAUCACUGUGGACCAAAUUAUAAGGGGCUAUGAAAGAGUUUAUAUGGACAUAGCUGAAAUUAACAUAGAUGUUCCUCGUGCGUAUUUCAUCCUUGAACAAUUCAUCGAAAAGAGCUUUGAUAUGGGAAUCAUUGAUGUAAAAUUAAGAGAUCUUUGUCCUAGUAGGGGCCGCAAGAGAUUUGUCAGCGAGGGAGACGGGGGUGUCAUCAAAACUGAAAGCUAA